AUGAACGGAACAAGCCAAGGAGACUCGACACCAGAGGUUGUCGGGGUGGAGCAGACCCAUCAACAGUCGCCAGUUAUACCACAAAGGCGCAGGUUCAACCAAUACCGAUUGAAACAGAGAAAAGACGGUUCGAACCGGACACGGUGUGCCGACUGCGGCACGGAUGUGGACGCAUAUCACUUCAAGCGACACUGCGAGUCAAACCGCCACCAAGAAGCAAUAGCCAGUCGACGAGAACAAGGCAGAGAUGAUAUACCACCGGGAACAGAUACCAAUGUGCCCUUACCGAAUGCGUUAGACUGCUUCCUCUCGAAAUCAGGGGAUGCGACAUCGCCGUUGGCCGGUCUUGCGGCUGCAUACAAGGAGGAACUCGAUCGUGCAGGAGGUACAUCAAGGCUGGAAAUCAAUCGUGAUGCACCGCUGUGGCGCGGGUUGGGGUUGUACCCGCCAUUGUUGCUGCCGGUGGAUGGUUGUUGGCGGAUACGACCGGCCUCGCGGGAACAGUUCUUAGCGGAGCUGUUGCAUGACUUUGACCUCGACAGAACAGUGGUCUACAAGAGAGGGAGCAAUGACAGAACGUGUGCCAGCUCCAACUUCUGCCACGUAUUAACGCAACUCGAGAAGCCGGACGAAACUAACACAUACUACGCGAUCAAUAUGAAGGCAAGAUCGGUAGAGAUACAGCUGCCAGAACAGCUCCAAGCCAAGUACAAUAUCAGUACGCUCUCGGCUACGACGACAACGAACGUGACACCAAAGUUUGCAGCUGCCGACUUACACGUCGAUCACGGGAGACACGGAGUGACGGGAGUAGAAGGCGGCUGCGUGAAGCUAUGGGCGCUAUACCCGCCUACCGACCAGAACCUGACAGAGCUGGAGAAGCAAUACGAUUGUGCUUGUUUGUUUUUGGGGUUGCAGGGACAGCUUGAAGGGGGAGAAUUCUGUGUGCAGACGGAAAGGGAGGUUAUCUACCUGCCAUCCGGAUGCCUACACGCAACAAUCACGCUCGAAGGGGGACUCACGCCAGGGUUCGAGUUCACGUCGCCGGACUGCCUGCGAGCUACGGCCGCAAUGUGGGAUAUCACUACCAGAGGUGGCCAAUCCACGAAGGAAGACUCCGUGCCGCUUUUAGAAUGCAUAAUGGCGUGUUUAGAAGCCGGCACAGACACGGGGAGGGAUAGAAAGGAAAGAGCAGCGAGCAUGAAAAUAGAGGCAGAAAGCGUACUAUGUACACAAUACGCAAAACUGGCUCGGAAAAAACACAACAUACUCAACCGCAUCAAGAGGUUACUCGAUAGAACUAUAUGCCACCAUUACAGUGUGGCAUGGAAGGACCACAAGUAG